AUGGAUGAGCAGGCUGUUCAGAUACCGUUUCGCUGGACUCUGAAUGAAGUCCAAGACAUCGGCACGCCAUUCCAUACCAUCGACAUCAUCAUCUUAGCAAAGCAGAGCUCUAUCUCUCACAGCACCUUGUCUUCAAAAGAGGCUGGGACUUGGCUGAAUGUCGAAGAGAAAGUUGCCAAUGACACCAAUCGGCAACCCCACACCCAGAAAGCCGUUAUCUUUUUCAGGGAUGCAUUCAUCCUCGCCCACAAGCAUAUGCAAACCAUAGCCCUCAAACUGGUUAUGACAGGCACGGAGGGCUUUGUGCUCCAGUCGGAUUUCCUAGGGCAACGGUUCGUGGACUGCGAGCACGUGGAAAGGAUCACUCACUUUCUUGAGCCAGGUCAACGUGUUGAAGCACCUGUUCUGCCCUAUGUGAAGGAAGGCGGCCUGUUGUCUUUCCUCCCAUCGCUAGUUGGUGGGAUAGUUGCCACAGGGCAGGAUUUGCAUGCUGUCGAGAAGAUACUGAGAGAUUUAGAGGACGAAUCGCGCGAUAGACUAUCAUUUUCGUGGUUAUCAUCGUCACCAGUCACAAGGAUGCGACUUGGGGUCGUGGAAGGUGGAUUUAGUUAUAUGUUCCGCGCCGCAAGCUUUCAUGCUGCGAAGACUCUCGGUAUUUCGCUUGUCAUACUUGACAAGCCAGGUCAUUGGCUGCAGUCCCCAGAAUUCGCAAACCUAUGGGACAAGUUCAUCCCUAUCGAUCUCACCGUCAACGAAACUCUUCCAGAUCGGAUAGUCCAUGCAAUCAGACAGUCCAAGGAAUCCAUUGAUGGCUUGGUGACAUUUUCUGAUUCAUAUCUUGUGCCGACUGCAAAAGCAGCUCAACUCCUAGCCCUUCCCACGUCUGCUCCCGCGGUUGCUUUCGCAGCCAGCUCCAACAAAUACCAGACUCGCCAGGUGGCCUCAGACUUAAAUGCUGACUCGAAGUUCGCAGCUAUAUCGGUUUCCAGCACCGCCGAGCUUCGUGUACAGCUCGACAUGCAAAUGUCUCUGAUUUCAUUCCCUCUCAUCGUCAAGCCUCACGCAAGCUCCGGUUCUCACGGCGUAACCAAGGUGGAUUCCUUGCAGGAACUUUACGCAGCGGUCGAAAAAGCAUGCAGUGGAGAGAAGCCCGCCGUGGUCAUCGAACGCUACGCAAAUGGCCCUGAAGUAGAUGCCAAUUUCGUGCUGUUGGAUGGAGAGAUACUUUUCUUCGAGAUUUGUGACGACUUCCCAUCAUCAGCGGACAUGGAGACCCUCAAACCUACGGCAUCGUUUAUCGAGACCCAGAAUGUGUACCCUUCUUCUCUCCCUUCCGAUGAGCAGGUCUUGGUGCGUGAGUCUAUGCUCCGCGUUCUCCGCGCCUUGGGAUUCCACUCAGGUGUAUUUCACGUCGAAGCUCGUGUUGAAAAUUCAGGGAAAGCGUAUCUAUCUGACGAGGACGGCCUCGUUGACCUUCGUCCGACUUCUGAGCCCCCAUCGUCGAAACCGAGCGUUUUUCUCAUUGAGGUCAAUGCCAGGUGUCCUGGAUUUCAGGUUAAUCAUGCCACUCGACACGUCUAUGGCGUGGACUACUAUGCACUACAAAUGCUUUUUGCGUUGGACGACAAGCAAAGAAUUAGAUCGCUGGCGACGCCGUUCCUCUCUGGUGCCCAAUACCACUGCGCAGUGACAUUCAUACCAGCAGUGAGAACUGGGGUAUUCAAUUCCGAGAAUCCGAUAAAAGACCUUGAGAAGCGGCGGCCUGAUUUGAUGACUGAUGUGGUCGAAAGCCAUGCCUUGUUCCAGCGUGGGCAACAGGUGCCCGGUCCGGAGACGGGGACGUUGAGGUGGAUAGCUUCUUUUAUUAUUGGGUGCAAGGAUAGUCGGACGGAAUUACUUCGAUUGGCUAGCAGUAUUCGAAAGGAGUUUCAUUAUCAGCUUGUGUGA